AUGCAGGUGGUGCUGGGAAGCACCGCCAUGGCGCGGUGCCGGUGGGGCGCCCUGCAGCCAUCUGGCCUGGGCAGCACGCGGCCGCUGCGUGCAGCGCGGAUCGGGCCGCUGAGGAGGUGCAGCCGGGUGCAGCAGCGCUCGCAAUGCUCGGCAGCAGCGGUGGAGAACCCCUUCAAGUACCCCCGAGACAUGGACGGCCUCCAGUCUGCGCUUGCCGGCCUCCCCACCGCCGGAGUUUACGUGCUGGGGGCUGCCCUGGCGGCCGGAUUGGGCGGCGCCGGCUUUGUGGGAGCGGGGGCCGUGGCGCCAGAGGGCGUGCGGCAGGCGGCGCGGGUGGUGGCGGGCGCCGCCGGCGCCGCGCUGGGCGCUUUCCUCACCGCCCAGCUCAAGGCCAAGCGCCAGUCAGCAGCCAUCAUCGAGCUUUCCAACUUGCUGGUCGAAAUGGGAGACCCCACGGCCCUGACCCGGGAGCAGGUGGCGGCCAUCGAGGCCAAGUACGGCGCCAGCCUGGCAGCCACCAACCCAGACGAGCUCAAGUCCAUCUACGGCGCCUUCCUGGAAGCGGUGGUCCCGCCCGGGGACGCCCCGCUGACCGGCUCCGAGCCGGUGCUGAUCCAGGCCUUCAAGGCCGCCCUGGCCCUCAGCGACGUGGAUGCCGCCCCCGCUCACAUCGAAGUGGGGCGCCGCAUCCUGCGCGGCCGCAUGGAGGCGGGCAGCCGGGCGGACGAUGUGGAGGCCCGCAAGACCUUCCAGAAGCUCAUCUACGUGUCCAACCUGGUGUUUGGCGACCGCCAGGCCGCCUUCCUGCUGCCCUGGACCCGCGUGUUCGGCCUGACAGAGGCGCAGGCAAGCGCCCGCCUGUCGUGUGUGUACGUGGCCAAGCGGGACAACGCCAAGGGCAUCUUCAAGCAGUACCUCGACUCCCACGGCGGGCAGCUGCAGGCCGACAAGGCCUUCCUGGUGGGCUUGCGCCAGGCGCAGGCGGCGGCGCGGUUGGCCGACGACGAGGCGGCGGCGCUCGUCAAGGAGGCGGCGCGGGCUCGCGUGGAAGAGCUGCUGGAGAGCGCGGUGAAGAGCACCAAGCAGCGCACGCGCACGCGGGACUACACGGAGGCGAUGGCCGCGCUGACCGCCGCCGUCGCGUUCAACCGCGGCCUCGCCGCGCUUUCCUCAGACCCCGAGGUCAUCGCCGGCGUGGGCCCCACCUCGGUGCUAGGUGGCGCCUGGGAGGCGGCAGAUGGGCGCAGCAAGGACACUCGGGAGCUGUUCAAAAUCUUCCUGGAGGAGCGCCUGCUGUCCGACGGCGCCUUCACCGACGGCCUCGAGGCAGACGCUGCCCAGCUGCGCACUCUGAUGGGCCUGGGCAACAAGGAGUGCGCCGACAUCGAGGCGGACGUGAAGCAGGCGGCCUACAAGCGCCUGCUGCGCGAGGAGGUGACCACCGGUCGGCUGGCCGCCGCCGAGAGCAAGGCGGAGGUUCUUGGGGACUUGGUGGAGAGGGUGAGGUUUGACGCAGACGCCGCCCGCGCCUUCCACGAGGCGCUGUACCGCCAGAAGCUGGCGUCCCUGCUGGAGAAGAAGAAGCUGACUGAGGAGGAUGACGUGGCGCUGCGGGAGAUGCAGGUCCAGCUGUGCAUCCAGAAUGAGGAGCGGGACCGCAUGCAUGCGGAGCUGUGCGGCGCGCUGUUCAAGGAUGCGGUGACGGACGCGCUGGCUGCUGGCAUCGACGGGUUUGGAUUCCAGGACAGGCAGCGUGUGCAGCAGGCGUUCAAGGACCUGCGGCUGGAGCGCCCCGCUGCCCGCGCUUCGCGCAACACCCGCAACCGCCUGGAUGCCGCCAAGGAGCUGAAGAAGCUGGUCUUCUUCUCCAACAUCGUGGUGGCGCCGCUGGUGGAGGACCUCAAGACCGAGGAGGAGAAGGCGGCUGAGGAGGCUGCGGCCAAGCAGCAGAAGGAAAUGAUGGAGCUGAUGAAGAAGGCGCAGGAGGAGGCGGCGGCAAAGGCCAAGGCCGAGGGCGAGGCCGCCGCCGCCGCGCCCGCCGCUGCCGCUGACGCCGCCGCCGCCGAGGUCGCUCCCGCCGCCGAGGCCGCUCCCGCGGAGACCGCCGGGGCUGCUGAGGCCGAGGCUGCGGCUGCAGCUUCUCCCUCGGAGGGCGGCGAGGACGGCGCUCCCGAGGCUGCCUCUGCCGCCGCCGAGGCGGAAGUCAAGGAGAUUCUGGCGGAGGCGACGGCCGCCGCGGCCGCCGAGGAGGCCGAGGAGGCGGCCGCGGCGGCUGCGGCUGCCAAGGUGAAGAGCCUGGAGAAGGCGGAGGUGGCGGCGGCGGCGCGGGCGGGCGGCGAGGCGGUGGGCGGCGGCGCCGUCAUGCGCAGCCAGAAGGACGUCACGCUGGCGGAGGAUCUGGACCUGCGGGACAGGACCGACAUCUACAAGAACUUCCUGCUGUACUGCAUGACGGGCGAUGUGGUGCAGGGCCCCAUGGGCGUCACCAUGGUCACAGGUGGGUGGGUGCACACCGGCAUGGCGGAGCAGGCGUUCAAGCAGCAGGUGCAGGGGGUGCUGGGGGACGGCAUGCUGACGCCCGACCGCGCGGCGGCGCUGGAGAAGAUGCGGGAGCAGAUGGGCCUGCCCCGGGAGAAUGCCGACAAGAUCAUCCGCGGCUUCACCAACCAGAAGGCGAUUGCGGGCAUGCAGUCGCUCAAGGCACAGGGGCGGCUCACUCUGGAUAAAGUACUGGAGAUUAAGGAGGCCGGGGUGGAUGUGGCCAGCCUGCUCGGGGAGGAUGCGCGGGCGCAGCUGUACCGCACGGAGGUUGUGGAGCGGCUGAGCGACGGUACCGGCGACUUCUCGGCGGAGCGCAUGCUGCGGCAGCUACCCGAGGAGCUGGGCAUCGAUGCGGAGAAGGCGGCCAGGACGGUGGCUGAGCUGGGCGGGGAGCGCAAGCGCACGACCCUGGUGCAGGCCAUCUCUUUCUUGCGCCAGAAGAAGGUGGGCGAGGCGGCCAAGGCGCUGAACAACCUGGUGUCCUGCGAGGCGGCGGUACCGUCGGAUACCCCCGCCGACUGGCAGGAACGCGAGGAGCUGGCCGACCUGUUCUCCGCCUACGUGUCCAAGGAGCCUUCCCCUGAGAAGCAAGCGGUGGUGCAGAAGAUUCUGGGGCUGGGCGACGGCGAGGCCGACGCGCUGCGCUCCAUCGUGGAGGCCGGCGGAUUCAAGGUAGCGGCUGAGGAGGCGGAGGAGGCGGCCUUCUUCUGA